GUCUCCUCACCCUUCAGGCGCUGGAUUACCACCGUCUGCCCGUCCGCCUUUCACGACACCAACGCUCUCACCGGCCCUCGGAAGGCUACGUCUGGGACCUUGUAUAGUGGGUGAACGCGACAGCUAGGAUCUUCCUGCAAACAUGGCUGUCCUAUCCUUCUCACCUGCUCAAUUUGUCGCGGCUGUCCCGCCCGCGACUCGUGGAUUCACCGCAGCUACGGUUGGCUUCUCGCUAUUGUACUAUAUCCUACGAUGGUCAGGCGGAGACGCAUUUGCUGCACCUUACCUUGUGCUUGUGCCGGGAUCAAGCAUAUUCUAUCCUUGGACCUUCCUGACGUCCGUCUUCGUUGAGACAACAGUCAUAGAGCUUAUCUUCAGUCUGCUCGUUAUUCCUGCCUCAUUACGAUAUCUGGAGCGACUAUGGGGUGCUGUGGAGUUGCUAAAGUUCAUUGCCGCGACCGUAACGAUCUCAAAUAUCAUCGCGUUCGGCUUGAACUGGAUCGAGUUCAUCGUUUUCAGAAGUCCUACCUUCCUCUAUGGUCAACAGUAUCAUGGCCAAAUGGCUCUGCAAAUCGGCAUCCUUGUCGCGUUCAGGCAAAUCAUUCCUGAACACCAGGUGCAAUUAUUCGGGGUAUUGAAGGCCAGAGUAAAGACGAUACCCAUGGCAUAUGUCACAUUCUCGACCGUGAUGUGCAUCCUCGGCUUCCAAUGUCCAUUCAUCGUCAUUCAGUUCGGAUGGCUCGUCUCGUAUAUUUGGCUGCGCUUCUACAAGAAGAACGUCGGAGACCUCAGUGGUGGUCCACUUUAUGGGGACAGGAGCGAAACAUUCGCAUUUGUGACUUGGUUCCCUCCCGUGCUUCACGGACCCCUGACAUUGCUCGCAAACACAGCAUACGGCCUCGCAUCGAGGUUCCACUUGAUUCCCUUGAGUGGGAGCGAUGUGGAGUCUGGAGGAUAUGCCCAGGUUCCUGGUGGUGCACGUGCUGAGGCAGAGAGGAGACGAGCGAUGGCUCUGAAAGCACUUGACCAGCGAUUGGCCUCAGGGGCAUCCUCUCCAGCACCACCUCAGCGCCCAGCAAAUGGGUCCUCACCGGUGUCUCGACCUACAACAUCCACACCCAACACAAGCUUGACUAACGGCGACGUUGGCGGUGCCAAAAAGAGUGCAGCCGAGGCUGAUAUUGCGGAUGCAGGCCAAGGAUCCUCGAAGGAGGCGGAGGAGGUAUAAUGACAGAAGAUGAUUGAUGUGCUGGUUGGGUGUACGCGCUUUAAUGACCUUGCUUUCGACAUUCUCGGGUGCGACUAGGAUCGCAGGUAAUAUAUCAUUUCCUAGACCC